GACUGCCAGUCGUCAGCUGUGCUCCUCGUCAGCCAGCACAGUCGAGCACCGCUCCGAGGUGUGUCACACCGCGAUCGCAUCUCCUCGCGUCCGUCUUGUGUUCUUCUUGUUUUCGGGGGGUCCAACCGUGUUGUGUCGUGCUGUGUUGUGUCAGUGCCUCCGGAUUCCAGUGUCUUCAAGCGGAAGAAAGUGUGGGAUUUGCAAGGAGUUACGUGAUAGCCAAGUCGGGCUGAAGAGACGAUGACUGCGGUUCUAUAGCGAAGGCAGAAUGAAAAUCCGGCCGUACCCUGGCCGGGCGACGCCGGCGUGCGAGCUGUACGAGCGGAAGCCCCAGUACGAGGACAGCUGGCGGGAGUGCACCCAGCAGCUAGGCCUGGGCAGCCCGUCGGGGAUCUACCUCGGGGCCAAGGCAUCGUCGGCGACGAGCUCGGAGCAGCUCUACCCGAGCGACUGGGACGAUGAAGACGCCGAGCACAACGCCAAAGUGACCCAGAUGCUGGCCAGCCUCCGCCUCGACCAGAUCACCCGCCCGGGCCCCAAGCCCAGCAACGAGGUGAGCCUCGAAGACGGCCUCUUCGUCAACAACCCCCAACCAGAACCGGAGGCUGAAGACCGACCCCAACGUGCUCGUCAGCGGGUCCCGCCCGAGUUCAAGUCCUACUCGAGUCUCAAGAGGACGCCCUCGGUACUGUUAAACAAUUCUAGUCACGUGCUCGUGCCGGAGACGAAACUGUUCGCGGUGCAGCCCAAGUUAUCCAAGACUGAUGUGUCCUACGCGGACUGGGAUGCCGCCACCGGCGACGACGAGCUCAACUGCCCCGGGUGCCAGGAGCCCGCGGGGGGCGCCCCGUCGCCGGACAGCCCGGCCAAGUUCCUCAAGGAGUCUUUCUCCAUCGACGCCGACUACAAGACGACGAUCGUCCUCGACCAGGCGAGUCGGCCGCCGGAGACCCCGCCGCCACCGCUCCCGCCCCCGUCGACCGCCACUGCCGCCGCGGUUUCCAACCCGGAUGACUUCCUCAUCCCUAGACCUAAGUUGAUCGUUCCUGUCCACACGUAUGGUAUCCGGAAGCGGCGCACGGGGAUCAUGUGGAAAGCCGGCCGGCGGGGCAGCGACGCCGAGACCGUCCUCAGCGGCAGCUCCUUCGACAGCAAGAAGCACACCUCUUGUCCCGGACCAGAGGGCAGCGUUGAAGUCUCCAGAGAGGAUAAAUACCUGAGCACGAUAGCGCCUGGAAAAGUCUUUGGAGAGCUUGCUAUUUUGUACAACUGUAAAAGAACUGCAACGAUCAAAGCUGCUACCGAUUGUAAAUUAUGGGCUAUAGAACGACAAUGUUUCCAAACUAUUAUGAUGCGAACUGGGCUCAUCAGACAAGCCGAGUACACCGAUUUCUUAAAGAGUGUCCCGCUUUUCAAAGACCUCCCUGAAGAAACGCUGAUCAAAAUUUCUGAUGUACUUGAGGAGACCUUCUAUAAUGAUGGUGAUUACAUUAUCCGACAAGGAGCUAGAGGAGAUACCUUUUUCAUCAUCAGCAAAGGAAAAGUAAAAGUCACCAUGAAACAAGAAAAUAGUGCAGAAGAAAAGUACAUACGGACCCUAAGAAAAGGAGACUACUUUGGAGAAAAAGCGCUACAAGGUUAUGACCUGCGAACUGCCAACAUCGUUGCCGAAGGAUCAGAGGGUGUUACUUGUUUGGUCAUUGACAGGGAAACGUUCAACCAACUCAUUUCUAAUCUGGUUAAAGAUCGCUCAAGAUAUAGAGAUGAAGAACUUCCAAGAAAAAGGAGCAAUGAAGAAUUCCGGAACAUUGGUCUUGAGGAUCUUCGUGUUUUAGCAACGCUGGGUGUUGGUGGAUUUGGACGCGUAGAAUUAGUUCAAAUUGCUGGAGAUCCUAGUAGAGCAUACGCUUUGAAACAGAUGAAGAAAUCACAGAUCGUGGAAACAAAACAACAGACUCAUAUCAUGUCCGAAAAAGAAAUUAUGGGUGAAGCAGAUUGUGAAUUUAUCGUUAAGUUGUACAAAACAUUCAAAGAUGCGAAGUAUCUUUACAUGCUUAUGGAGUCCUGUUUAGGUGGCGAGUUGUGGAGUAUUCUCAGGGAUAGAGGUCAUUUUGAUGAUGAAACAACUAGAUUUUAUACAGCUUGUGUUGUAGAAGCUUUUGAUUACCUUCACUCUAGAAACAUUAUUUACAGAGAUUUAAAACCUGAAAAUCUCCUUCUAAAUAAUGUAGGAUAUGUCAAGCUUGUAGAUUUUGGUUUCGCCAAGAAAUUGCAGCCUGGUAGGAAAACUUGGACUUUUUGUGGUACCCCUGAGUAUGUAGCACCUGAAGUCAUUUUGAAUAAGGGCCAUGACAUAAGCGCUGAUUAUUGGUCACUUGGUGUUCUGAUGUUUGAGCUUUUAACAGGCACGCCACCAUUCACAGGAGCUGAUGUGAUGAAGACUUACAACAUUAUCCUUAAGGGUAUCAAUGCUAUUGAAUUCCCAAGAACAAUCACUCGUAAUGCCACAGCACUUAUUAAAAAACUAUGUCGUGACAAUCCUGCUGAAAGACUUGGCUAUCAAAAAGAUGGUAUUAGCGAUAUACAGAAACACAAGUGGUUCGACGGAUUCAACUGGGAAGGUUUGAGAAACCGUUCAUUGAGACCGCCAAUCACGCCAAUGGUGCGACAUGUCACAGACACAAGCAAUUUCGAUGACUACCCUCCUGACCCGGAUGGACCACCUCCAGACGAUCUUUCAGGAUGGGACUCCGAAUUCUAGUCUACUACCAUGAUUUUAGCAAUUGACAAAAUUCAAGACAAAAUAAUGUUAAUUGUACCAUAAAUGCAUUUUAUUGGCUUGCUUUCAGCCCUCAAGUGCUAGUCAUCUACUUUCAUCAACGAAAUCUGGCAUUAUCUUUCAUUUUCAUUGCCUUGACAUCAGCACAAUAGUAAAAUGAUUACAUAUUUUCAAUGCCUAAAUUGCUGUGGGACAUUGGUUUUCUUCUCAUAUAAAUAAAUAAAUAAAUAAUAAGUAAAUAGGUCCAUAAAAAUUGAAUGACUUUGAUCAAUUUUUCCAAAUUUACUAUGACCUCAAACAGCAAUAAAGAACUGUCUGAAAAAUAUUGUGAACGUAUAAUAAUAUUUGAAAUACUUGCAGAAUAUUUUCCUCAUUUUCUUUAAUUUCAAAAAUUGAAGAAAGAUAAAGAAAGUAGAUACACAAUUUCUUUCCCCAAAAAAAUUAAACGUGGAAAAUCUUAAGGAGGGCUGAAAAGCAGCAUCAGUCAUUUUCUGCAUCGGCACUGCUGGGUUGAUGGAAGUUCAACUUUCAAAACUCUUGUUCUCUGAAUCAAAAAUACCUCCUUUCAAAAAAUUAGUUUUGUAUAGAGUUGUACAUAAGUAACAAAUUACUUCCUUUAUAUGUUGUCCAAUGCAAUAGAUCAAAAUCCAUCUGUCAAUCGCAAUCUCCCAACGUGCCUUAUUUGCCAGAAAUAUUCUGAAACUAUUAAUGUCUAAUUCUAUGACGGAACAUGAAAGCAUGAACAAAUACCGAGUUUGUUUAUGACAUCUUUGAUCCUUAACUACCCUGUUGUGUGAUUUAUUUUUGUAAGAUGUACAUUUUAAAUUGUAUCUUUUAAGGAUUGUGAUGUUUCAAAUUAGUAUCUAAAUUGAAGCUGUUCUUUUCAAUCUUAUUCUGUUACUUAUUGUGUAGAGUAAAAAAUGACAUAGAGUUAUUUUUCAGUUGGUGUACACCUAUGAAUUAGUAAUUUCUAAGAAAAUGAAUGUUGGUGUAACUCUUGACGAAGAAAAAAAAACCUUCAAUAUUUCAUCUUUUUCAAUAGUAGUUAUCAUUAACAUUUUAAAUUAUUUUAUUUCAUAAUUUAUUAAUUUGUUACGUUUUUGUUAUACUUUUCUCCAAAAUGUUUGCUUUGAAUAUUUUAUAUUUUAUGUAAAAUAAUGUUGUUUAUCAUUGGUUUUAUCUGAGGAUUGCUCUUAUGAGUUUAAAUAAUAGGGACAAGAACACUUAAGUUUUAUAGUAAAAUAUUCGCUAUGAAUCCCUUUUUUUCUUCCACAACAACUAAUAACCUUAAUAUUUAUUAGAAGUUAUCAAUGAAUUUUGUUAUCUACUUCCAAUGUAUGAUUAGUAGAACCAGAAGUCCAAAAUAAACUGCCAACUAACAUGAAGCAAAUUUUAGGUAACAUUAUUAUGUCUACAUUUUGGAAUAUGAAGUCCAAAACUUGUUUUGACUAUCUCUUAGACACCAUCUUAAUCAUGAAGCCAUCACAAGAGUUCUUCAUGGAUUCAGACGUCAUUAAUAUUUGGUCACUUCAGUUUGACUCUGAACUAUGACAUAUUUGCUCUUCAGAUGUCAACAAUGGAAAUUAUAAGGAUUUACAUCUAUACUGCUUUCCUAAUCGAAUUAAUUAUUUUAUCGAUUUCGACGUCUAUGUUCAGUUGAAAUCCAAACCAGUUCAAAUAUUUCUUGAAUGAUUCCUCCGUAGUGUAGGUUUAGGUUAAUUCUGUCAAUGAAGGCUGGUCCUAUUUCAAUUUGAAUCCUGUUCAGAAUGUAUGCCUAGCAUCAGACUGUAACAGUCUUCAUCUCCCUGUAAAUGUUAGGUAUGAAAAAAAAAUUGUUGCUGUUUUUUCAAGUAUCUUUUUCCGUUGAUUUUUUUUAUCUCCUAAAAUAUAUCCUGCAGUUAAUUUCUGAUCAGCAGUAUUUACUACCGCCAAAUAGUGCCUUAAGAAUUGUAACUUGACGUACAAACAAUUGUAAUUUUUGUUCAAAAAUUACAAUACCUAUUUCAGAUGUUUCUUCAUGUUUCAGUUUCUUAUCUAAUCCAUGAAAUCAUAUUCAAUGUAUCCCUGGUCUAAUUUGUGAAUGAAGUAAUAAUAUUUUUUUUGUUCCUGAUUUAAUGCUCAACUCUGACAGGAGACAAAAUUCAUCACUCUCAGAUUGUGCAAUCGGUUACUAAAUUGGUGCCUUUCUGUUAAGCUCCACAGUUCAAGACCUGCUUACCUUUGAUAAUUUCAUAGCGUAACACCCACAUAUUUAACUGUAGCAAGUUAUUUUAUACUAAUUUUAAAAUCAUGAAUUAUUUUUGUAUGUAUUGUUUUGUACACAUAUACAAAAAAAAAUAAAGUAAUUUUUAUCCUUUUUAAA